AACAACAUCAAACUUGGCUGUCUAGAAACAGAAGGUAGUUCAAAUUCUGUCAAAGAUGGCAGGAACAAGUUCUCUAGGGAUUGUUGUUGUUGUUUUAGCAUUGAUUGGGUCAACACAGGCUCAAUUGCAGAUGUACUACUAUGGCACGAGCUGUCCUAAAGCUGAGCAGAUUGUGAAGGACUAUGUUAAACAGCAUAUCCCUAACGCCCCAUCACUCGCUGCCGCUCUCUUAAGAAUGCACUUCCAUGAUUGCUUUGUUAGGGGCUGUGAUGCAUCUCUGCUUCUAAACUCCACGACCGGCCAAGCAGAAAAGAAUGCAAUUCCAAAUCUAUCACUGAGAGGCUUCGAUUUCAUUGAUAGAGUGAAAAGCCUCCUCGAAGCUGAAUGCCCUAGCGUCGUCUCUUGUGCUGAUAUCAUCGCUUUGGCUGCCAGGGACUCUGUAGUAACCAUUGGAGGACCAUUUUGGAACGUUCCAACAGGAAGAAGAGAUGGUGUAAUAUCCAAUAUCACCGAAGCACUUGCCAACAUUCCAAGCGCUCUCAGCAACUUUACUACUCUCCUUUCACAGUUCAAUAACCUAGGACUUAACACAACUGACAUGGUUCUCCUAUCCGGUGGUCACACCAUCGGCAUAUCCCAUUGCCCGGCUGUUUCUCCCCGAUUGUACAAUUCCACCGGCCCCGGCGGAAUCGACCCAACCAUGGACAGCGAGUACGCUGAAAACCUCAAGGCCAACAAGUGUAAAACCGCGAGCGAUAACACCACAAUACUUGAGAUGGACCCUGGGAGUCGGAAAACCUUCGAUCUUAGCUACUACUCACUCUUGCUCAAAAGAAGGGGUCUUUUCCAAUCCGAUGCUGCUUUAACCACUGAUUCAACUAGCUUGGCUUUCAUCAACCAGCUCCUUUCCAGCCCCACACAGUUCUUCUUUGAUGAGUUUGGCAAAGCUAUGGAGAAAAUGGGUCGGAUUAAUGUUAAGACUGGAUCCGAAGGCGAGAUCAGAAGGCAAUGUGCACUUGUUAACAGCUAAGAAAAGAGAAUUUUGUCUUUUUUUUUUCUUUGGUUUAAAUAUUAUUUAUUUAUAGGAAUGGGGUUUUGUGAAUAAAGGGAAUGAAGCGGGUAAAAUGAACUUCGUUGUCUACUCAAAACUGUAGUGAAAUUCACGGGGCUGGAACUGUAUUUGUUGUUCAUUCAAUCGGUGUGAUGUUGUAAGCAAAAUCUUCAUGUAUGAAGUUGGAUUCAUGGAAUAAUAAAUUAUAAUUUUAAAUCA